CUAACCCCCGCUCCCUCCUUAUCAGCAAUUCAGAUUGCAUGCAAAUCUGCGCGCUUUCUUCCAGGGCCACGGCAGCGAGAGCCGAGCGCUCCUCGGCGCCUUCCAGAUCUCCUCCUCCUCCUCCUCCUCCUCCUCCUGGGAUUUUCCUCCUUCUCCCCUCCCCUCGCUGCCUCCCUCCCUCCCUCCCUUUCCCUCCCUCCUCUCUUUCUUUCCUCCUUUUCACCUCCUGGAACAAAAGUGGCCCUUUCGGCUGCGCCAGCGCUGCCUGCGAGCGGGGCCGCUUUGUCUGCCGGGCUCCCCGGCACCGCCACCGGGCCGCCACCGCCACCGCCACCAUGGGGACACGGCGGGCGGCCGGUGGCCGGGCGCUGCCGGCACUGAUGGCGGUGGCACUGCUGGCACUGGCACGGGCCAGCUGCCCCGAGCGGGAGCUGGAGCGCCGGGAGGAGGAGGCCAACGUGGUGCUCACGGGCACGGUGGAGGAGAUCAUGAACGUGGACCCGGUGCACCACACCUACUCGUGCAAGGUGCGGGUCUGGCGCUACCUGAAGGGCAAGGACAUCAUCACCCACGAGAUCCUGCUGGACGGGGGCAACAAGGUGGUGAUCGGGGGCUUCGGGGACCCUCUGAUCUGUGACAACCAGGUGGCCACGGGGGACACGCGCAUCUUCUUCGUCAACCCCGCGCCGCAGGCGCUGUGGCCGGCGCACCGCAACGAGCUCAUGCUCAACUCCAGCCUGAUGCGCAUCACCCUGCGCAACCUGGAGGAGGUGGAGCACUGCGUGGAAGACAAACCCAACAGUUACUUCACGCAGACGCCGCCGCCGCCGCGGGAUGGGUGCCGGGGGAUGCUCUGUGGCUUCGGGGCCGUGUGCGAGCGCAGCCCCUCGGAGCCGGGCCAGGCCUCGUGCGUGUGCAGGAAGGGUCCCUGUGCCCCCGUGGUGGCCCCGGUGUGCGGCUCCGACCACUCCACCUACAGCAACGAGUGCGAGCUGGACAGGGCCCAGUGCAACCAGCAGAGGAGGAUCAAGGUGGUCAGCAAGGGACCCUGCGGCUCCAAGGACCCCUGUGCGGAGGUGACGUGCAGCUUUGGCAGCACCUGUGUCUCCUCCCCUGACGGCCAGGGGGCCAAGUGCGUGUGUCCCUCGUCGUGCAGCGGCGUGGCCGAGAGCCCCGUGUGCGGCAGCGACGGCCGCGACUACCGCAGCCAGUGCCACCUCAACAAGCACGCCUGUGACAAGCAGGAGAACGUCUUCAAGAAGUUCGAUGGCCCCUGUGACCCGUGCCAGGCCGUGCCGAGCGAGCCGGGCCGCGUGUGCCGGGUGAACCCGCGGACGCGGCGGGCCGAGCUGCUGCCCCGGCCCGAGGGCUGUCCCCCGGGCACGGACCCGGUGUGCGGCGACGACGGCGUCACCUACGAGAGCGAGUGCGCCAUGGCGCGCUCCGGGGCCAUCCGCGGCAUGGAGAUCCAGAAGGUGCGCUCGGGGCAGUGCCAGCCGCAGGACCAGUGCCAGGAGCCGUGCCGGCUGGGCGCCGUCUGCCUGAACCGGCGCGGGGCCGCGCGCUGCUCCUGCGAGCGCAUCGCCUGCGACGGCGCCUUCCGGCCCCUGUGCGCCCGCGACGGCCGCACCUACGGCAGCGACUGCCAGCGCCGCCGCGCCGAGUGCCUGCAGCAGCAGCACAUCCCCGCCCGCCACAGCGGGCCCUGCGACCUGGGUGCUCCCAGCCCCUGCCUGAGCGUGGAGUGCUCCUUCGGGGCCACGUGUGUGGUGAAGAACCAGGAGGCCGUGUGCGAGUGCCAGCAGCAGUGCCAGGGCCGCUACGACCCCGUGUGCGGCACCGACCAGCGCAGCUACGGCAGCCCCUGCGAGCUGCACGCCAUGGCCUGCCUGCUGCAGAGGGACAUCGGCGUCAGGCACAGGGGACCCUGCGAGCGCUGUGGGAAGUGCCAGUUUGGUGCCAUCUGCGAGGCGGAGUCGGGGCGCUGCGUGUGCCCCACCGAGUGCGUGCCCUCGGCGCAGCCCGUCUGCGGCACCGACGGCAACACCUACGGCAGCGAGUGCGAGCUGCACGUGCGGGCCUGCACCCAGCAGAAGGACAUCCUGGUGGCCGCCCAGGGCCCCUGCAAGUCGUGUGGCAGCUCCGUGUGCUCCUUUGGGAGCCGCUGUGUGGCUGGGCAGUGCCUGUGCCCGCGCUGCCAGCGCCAGCCCCCGGCCCCCGUCUGCGGCACCGACGGCGUCACCUACGACAGCCCCUGCCAGCUGCAGGUGGCCUCGUGCCAGCUGCAGAAGAGCAUCGAGGUGGCCAAGAUGGGACCCUGUGAGGACGAGUGUGGCUCGGGGGGCUCUGGCUCGGGGGACGGCCGCGAGUGCGAGCAGGAGCGCUGCCGCCACUUCGGGGGCUGGUGGGACGAGGACGCCGAGGACGAGCCCUGCGUCUGUGACUUCACCUGCACGGCCCUGCCCCGCAGCCCGGUGUGUGGCUCCGACGGUGUCACCUACGGCAGCGAGUGCCAGCUGAAGAAGACGCGGUGCGAGAAACGCCAGGAGCUCUUUGUCACCAGCCAGGGAGCCUGCCGGGCCCUGGCCACCACCCCGCCACCCCUGCUGGUCGUGCACUGCAGCCAGAGCGUCUACGGCUGCUGCCCCGACAACGUCACCCUGGCGCUGGGCGUGGGAGCUGCUGGAUGUCCCAGCACGUGCCAGUGCAACCCCUACGGCUCCUACGGUGGCUCCUGUGACCCGGGCACGGGCCAGUGCUCCUGCAAGCCCGGCGUGGGCGGCCUCAAGUGCGACCGCUGCGAGCCCGGCUUCUGGAACUUCCGCGGCAUCGUCACCGACGGCCGGAGCGGCUGCACGCCGUGCCACUGUGACCCCGUGGGCUCGGUGCGGGAUGACUGCGAGCAGAUGUCGGGGCUGUGCUCCUGCAGGACGGGCAUCACGGGCAUGAAGUGCACCCAGUGCCCCGACGGCAGCAGCCUGGGCACCGCGGGCUGCCACAAGGACCCCUCAGCCCCCAGGUCCUGCGAGGAGCUGAGCUGUGACUUCGGGGCCUCGUGCGUGGAGCUGAACGGCUUCGCCCACUGCGAGUGCCCGUCCCCGCUGUGCCCCGAGGCCAACACCACCAAGGUGUGUGGCUCUGAUGGUGUCACCUACGGGGACCAGUGCCAGCUGCGGACCAUCGCCUGCAGGCAGGGCCAGCACAUCACGGUCAAGCACGUGGGGCAGUGCCAUGAGUCCAUCACCCACGCCAGCCCCCCGGUGUCCCCCACGCCGCUGCCCACGGUGCCCCCGGAGCUGCCCGCGCCCCCUCGGGCCACCCUGCCAUCCCCCCUGCCCACCGGGGCGGCCACCACCUUGUCACCAGCGCCACCAGCCAGGCCCACAGAGCGAGGCCACCCCACCACCAGGCGUGUGACAACAGCCAGGCCGGCCACCACGCCCUGGGUCACCCACGGCGUGCACAAGGCCACCAUCCGCCCGCUGGCCACUGUCCCCGUGGUGGCGGCCACCAGCCAGCCCAGCUACGGCGAGUCCGGCAGUGCUGAGGGCAGCGGGGACCAGGACAUGGGGACCAGCGGUGACCAGGAGUCCAGCGGGGCGGGAUCUGCCGGUGAGGAGGAGCUGGACGAGGGCCAGGUGACAUCCACGCCUGCCAUCGAGAGGGCCACGUGCUACAACAGCGCCCUGGGCUGCUGCUCCGACGGCAAAACCGCCGCGGCCGACGCCGAGGGCAGCAACUGCCCCGCCACCAAAGUGUUCCAAGGGGUGCUGAUCCUGGAGGAGGUGGAGGGCCAGGAGCUCUUCUACACCCCGGAGAUGGCCGACCCCAAAUCCGAGCUCUUCGGGGAGACGGCGCGGAGCAUCGAGAGCGCGCUGGAUGAGCUGUUCCGGGGUUCUGAUGUCAGGAAGGAUUUCAGGAGCAUCCGAGUGCGGGACCUGGGCCAGAGCAGCGCCGUCAGGGUCAUCGUGGAGGCCCACUUUGACCCAGCCACGUCCUUCACGGCCGCCGAUGUCCAGGGGGCUCUGCUGAAGCAGCUCCGAGCUGCCAGGAGAAAAACCAUCCUGGUGAAGAAGCCCCAGCAGGAGCACAUCAAAUUCAUGGAUUUCGACUGGAUCCCCCGGCUCUUCACCACCACUGUCACCACCACCACGGCCACCACCAUGGCCCCUGGCACCACGCGCAGGGUGCCCGCGGCCACCGCGGCCCUGGGGCAGCACGCCCAGCCCGUGGGCAGCCCCGGCCCCGUGGGCAGCACCCGGAGCCCUGGCACCAGCAGCAGCAGCAGGAGGGGGAAGCCCACCCAGCUGCCCCCUGGCACCCCACGGCCCUGCGAGUCCCAGCCCUGCCUGCACGGUGGCACCUGCCAGGACGACGGGCACCACUUCACCUGCAGCUGCCCCGCGGGCACAGGAGGGGCUCUCUGUGAGAAAUCCCCCAGCAGCUCCAUCCCCCGUUUCGGGGGCAGCUCGGUGCUGGCGUUCCGGACCAUGCGCGCCUACCACACCGUCAGGAUCUCCAUGGAGUUCCGCGCGCUGGAGCCCCAGGGGCUGCUGCUCUACAACGCCCAGCGCCACGGCAAGGACUUCAUCUCCCUGGCCCUGCUCGGGGGCUUCGUGGAGCUCAGGUUUGACACGGGCUCUGGCACGGGCACGGUCACCAGCCGGGUGCGGGUGGAGCCGGGGCGCUGGCACCGGCUGGUGGUGACGCGGAACCGGCGCACGGGCACGCUGGCCGUGGACGGGGAGCCCCCGGUGAGCGGGCACAGCCCCCCGGGCACCGACGGGCUCAACCUGGACACCGAGCUCUUCAUCGGGGGAGUGCCCCACGAGCACAUGGCGCUGGUGGCCGAGCGCACGGGUGCCACGGGCGGCCUGCGGGGCUGCGUGCGGGCCCUGGGCAUCAACAACCGCGGGCACGAGCUGCGCCAGGGCGCCGGCGACGUCCUGUACGCCACGGCCGUGGGCGAGUGUGGCACCGACCCCUGCCAGCCCAGCCCCUGCCACCACGGCGGCACCUGCCACGCCAGGGAGGCCGACAUGUUCCACUGCCAGUGCCCCGAGGCCUACACGGGCCCCACGUGUGCCUUCGAGAGGAACCCGUGCGAGCCCUCUCCGUGCCACGCCUCUGCCACCUGCCUGGUGCUGCCCGCCGGGGGGGCCCUGUGUGCCUGUCCCAUGGGCCGUGAGGGGGACCUCUGCGAGCGAGUGACAGAGCAGGACCAGUCCGUGCCCUUCCUGCCCGAGUUCAGCGGCUUCUCCUACCUGGAGCUCAGCGGGCUGCAGAGCUUCGUGCCCGACCUGCAGGACAAGAUGUCCAUGGAGGUGGUGUUCCUGGCCAAGAAGCCCAGCGGGAUGAUCUUCUACAACGGCCAGAAGACCGAUGGCAAAGGGGACUUUGUGUCCCUGGCACUGCACCAGGGCCACCUGGAGUACAGAUACGACCUGGGCAAAGGGCCAGCCCUGCUCAGGAGCAAGGAGCCCGUGCCCCUGGACACGUGGGUCAGUGUCCUGCUGGAGAGGAGCGGCCGCAAGGGCGUCCUGAGGGUCAACAACGGCCAGAGGGUGACAGGGGAGUCCCCGGUGCCUCACAUGGUGCUGAACCUGAAGGAGCCCUUCUACGUGGGGGGAGCCCCCGAUUUCUCCAAGCUGGCUCGAGCAGCUGCCAUCUCCAGUGGCUUCGAGGGAGCUGUGCAGAGGAUCUCGGUGGGCGGCGUGCCCGUGCUGAAGGAGCAGAACAUCCGCAGUGCCAGGGAGGUCUCCCCGUUCCGGGGGCACCCCUGCACCCAGAAACCCAACCCGUGCCAGCACGGCGGCACCUGCAGCCCCAGCCUGGGCAGCUACCAGUGCUCCUGCCACAGGGGCUUCUCGGGGGCACACUGCGAGAAGGUGAUCAUCGAGAAGGCAGCAGGGGACACCGAGGCCGUGGCCUUCGAUGGCCGCACGUACCUGGAGUACCACAACGGCGUCACCAAGAGUGAGAAGGCGCUGCAGUCCAACCACUUUGAGCUGAGCAUCAAGACGGAGGCCACGCAGGGGCUGCUGCUGUGGAGCGGGAAGGGGCUGGACAGGUCGGAUUACAUCGCCCUGGCCAUCGUGGACGGCUUCGUGCAGCUCAGCUACGACCUGGGCUCCAAGGCCGUCACCCUGCGCUCCAGCGUGCCCGUCAACACCAACCAGUGGGUGCACAUCCGCGCCUCCAGGGUGCAGAGGGAAGGCUCCCUGCAGGUUGGGAACGAGGCCCCCAUCGCCGGCUCCUCUCCGCUCGGGGCCACGCAGCUGGACACGGACGGGGCGCUGUGGCUGGGGGGUCUGGACAAGCUGAGUGUGCCCCAGCGCCUGCCCAAGGCCUUCAGCACGGGUUUCGUGGGCUGCAUGCGGGACGUGCUCGUGGACCGGCGGGAGCUGCACCUGCUGGAGGACGCCCUGAACCAGCCCAGGAUAUUGCACUGCUCGGCCCAGUAGAGCCCAGGGACCUCCCUCCCUCCCGCCUCCCUCCUCCCUCCCUCCUGCCUAUUGCUGUAAUUAUUUUCUAUUUUUGUAAACUUAUUGCUUUUUAUAUUUUUGGGGGGGACAGGGAGGGCAGGAAACCCUUUUUGCUGUCGGGCUCUGGGGGCGGCGAGGCUCGGCCCGGGCAGCGGAGCAGAGCUCGAGGGGGACACCAGAACUCUCCCACUGCAGCGUCGAUCUUCUUCAUACUUGAAGCUUCUUUUGUUUUGGGGUUGUUUUCCCCCCUUUUUUUUCCUGGUGUUUUUGGGGGGUUUGUUCCCAAAAACAACCCUGUUUUCCUGUGGGGGAAACGCUGCUGGUGCUGGCGAGGCCUUCACGGAUUCACGGGGUGGGAAUUCCCACCCUGCUCCGGGCUCUGGCUCUUCCAAACCUUCUCCUGGCCCCGUGUUCACCUGAUUCCUGCUGCCCCCCGUUCCUCUCACUGUAAUUUAUGUGUGUAAGGAUCUCAAGUGCUUUUCUCCUCCGAGCUCUGCUCAAAUCAGGGAUGCCACGCACUGGAAGGGAGAGAGCCGGGCCCCAGCUUCGCUCUGCGCUCGCCUCGGGACUCUUUGCUGGACUCAGAGGUGCUGGGGAGGCAAAAAUGUGGAUUUUUCCAGCGGUUCUCCUCCUCCUCUCCCUCCUGGACACGUGCAGGAGCAGCUGUGAAACCUCAUUGCCACAUUUUGUGUUGGUCCUGGCCCCUCCCCGGCCACCGAGCCUCGGCCUCACUCGUGCUGGGGAUCACCUGGAGCUCCUCUCCAAGAGCUGGGAAUUCUCUCCCUCUUCCAGGAGGACCAGGAGAAUCCCUUUUCCCUCCUCAGAGAUCUCCUGGACGUGUCCUUCCACGCCCCACAGCCUUCUCCAGCCUCUGGCUCCCAGCCUGGCAAGGCAGAGCUGCCACUGGAGCCUCUCCCACCAAGAAAAUUUGGAAUUUUUCACCUUGGACUUGGAAGUUUUUGGGUCUUCCACAUUCUCUGGAUGCUGCCAGCUCUGCAGGAACAGCUCCAACAGGAGCAGGAGCGGGGCUGGGGAGUCCUUGGGGGGAAUUUGCAGCAUUUUCUUCCAGGAAAGGAAAAUUUUGGGGCCAGUUGUGAAGUUUCUGGGGUGUGGCUGCAGCUUGGGAUCUCCUGGAGGUGGAGCUGGAUCCCAGCUCUGGAAGAAAUCCCAUCUUCCUUUGGGAUUCCUUCUCCAUGGAAGGAUUUCCUGCUGGUUUGUGGCCUCUGUGUCCCUUUCCCACCCUCAGCUGGAAUUUCUCUGUGGAAAAAACAACUUUGGGGAUUCAUCUGCAGGAUCUGGGUGGGGGUUCCUGCCCGAGGUGCCAGAAUUUGGCUUUUUUUCCCUAAAUUUCUACCCCACCUUGCAGGGCACCCUUUGAAAUGGGGGUUUUGGCACCAACUUUUGAGCCAGGAAAGGUCAAAGUUCUUCUCUCAGGGUGAGCUCUGAACAAAGGUGGAACCAAGAGGGAAAACCAAUGGAAAAACCACUUGGAUCUGCUCUGAUUUCAUUUAUUUGAUUAAAAAAAAAAUAAAUAUUCCCAACCUGUGACAUUGCUGUGGGAAAGGCAGGGUCAGACAUUCCAUGGGGGCUGUGCCCUGUGAGGGAUGAGGGCUCUGCUGUGCCUGGGGGUUCUGUGCGUGCCAAAAUUCCCAUUUUUGGGGGCUGCUGGCUCCAGACUGGGAUUCCUGGUGGGAAAUGCUGGGGUGGGAUGGGAGGGAGGGGUCUGGGAGUGCCCCUGGCCCUGUUUGGGAAUGGCAUUCCCAGCUGGGCUGGUGUUCCAGCUCCAGAGGGACGGGGAAGCUGCUGAUUUUGCUGAUUUUCAGGAAUGAAGUCAGGAAAGAGCAAAAAAAAAAACCCCAAGAAUGGAACAAAAAUAAAUAUAAAAACCCCAUUCUGCUUUUGCUGGGGCUUGGAAAUGCCUUAAACCAGGAUUUGUGUCCUUGUGGGGGAGCAUUUGGAAUUUCCAGCAGCACAUUCACCUGGGCUUUGUUUUUAACAACAUUUCUACCACAGAACCUGCAAAAAAAAAAAAAAAAAAAAAAAAAAAAUCCAAAAAAAAAAGACAUUGAGGUUGGGGUUUUUUUUUCUGGUUUUGAUUUUUUUUUUUUUUGGCUUUUUUUUAAUUUAAAACCCCUGAGGUGUCCAUGGAGAGGGUGAAUCCCUGGGGAGCUGCUGGCUGAGUCCUGGCAGUAGAGGAGCAGCAUGAUGUAACCAUUACUAACUCGUGUCUUUCGUCCAAUCACCCAGAAAUAAAGUUUGGAAACGAUUAAA